AUGACGUUAAGCACGUCUUUCAGCGAAUGUAUUCCUGCAGCAGGCUUGUGUGCGGGUGGUCCUCCAUCACUGGGGGACUACUUCGAUAGCUUUCCCGGUCUGGAUUCGGACUUUUCACGGGAUGAUCUGUAUGGCUACGGGUCCUUCGGGGAUUUUCGGCGUGGAAGAAGUUAUGACGACUACUUCGGAGGCCCUGGCUCGUACGGCAAUGUUGGACCGCUUGACCGGAAAGACACAGGCAAGGACGAGUGUUCGCGCAUUGAAGCUGACGGAGUUCCCCUUGCCGAAUUAUUGCUAGAGGCUGCAGAAAACCUGCCGGCCAACAUCUCGGAAGCACCAGCGCAGGUGCUUGAGCUUGUCCGCUUCUUCUCCAGCGAGGACCACCGGACUUUUCUGCUCGGCCACUGCCCGCAAGCAGUGGCUUUGGCAGUGCUUCUGGAAGCCGAGAUCCAGGCUACCCCGGCAUCCUUGGCAGGUGCAGAUGAUGCGGUGCAAAGAGCAGUGUCGCAGCUCAGCGAGCUUCUGGACAAAGCGCCCAGCUUGCGAAGCCCCUUCAAGGCCUUACCAGUGUGGACUGGCAAGCCAUGGGGUCAAGUACUUGGAGCAGCCCAGAGACGGACGGGAAUUCUUCUUUUCCCAGUAGGUGAACAGCAAUUCCAUGUUGACUUCAUUCCAGCUGCUAAUUGGUCUAUUUGGGCAAACCGCCGCUGCCGAGGGCGUAGAGAUCUUGGAAAUCUGCAGGGGACGCUUCUGACAACAUGCUUGGAGAAAUGCCUGUCGCAUCCCUCUUGCAGGUCGGCUACCUUCUGGCAUUGGCAGCCUGGGGGCAUGGGCUUUGAUCAGCGUUGUUUCUUAUCGUCCUCUUGUACCUUUGAGCUUUCAACGGAUGAAGGUGCUGAAGGCGCCUUCCUUUUCGAAAAAAGGAUGCUCGUCCGGCUACUUGCAUCUGGUGCUGAGGCAAAGGCUCUGCUGAAGCGAAGAGCCAUGCCAAAAGGCUGGACAACGUCUGGCGGUGUUGCCUUCAACACAGAUGUAGCAGGCGAAAUGCAACCGCCGGGAUGGGUGCUUAGCAUAGCGAGCUCCUCUGCGCUUGAAAUCAUCAUGGGGCUGAUGGCCGAUGGACUCGGAGAUGUGUGGUGGAGCGAGGAUGAAGGUACCACCUGGAAUCUGAUGCAGCAAGACAGCAGCAACUCAAGCCUGGGCGGACUUGAAAGGCAGUAUGCCGCACGCCUAGUCAACGAUGUCUGGUAUGCGGACCUCUCUGAUCUGGCAUCAUUUUCCUUCCGUGAGCUCGCACGCGCACCCUGGGAGCCACGGGCAGCCUUCCAGGCAGACAACGAAGAGGUGGUUCUUCUGGGCGGUCGAGUGCAGCAAGGAAUGCUGAAGAACGACGUCCGGGCCUGGGUGCUUCAGCCAGAUGUCGACAGGUCUGACUUCGUUGUGACAGUUUGCUACGCUCAGUCUCCAACCGCCUGCGUCAGCCUCGACUUUGCAGCAACAAAGAAGGUCUCCUCGCUCGGACUUUGCAGCCACAGCAACGAUCCAGCACGGUGCAGCUGCCGCGUUUGCCUUGGAGCCAGACGCUUCUUCAAGAUGUUCGUUGAAGGUGUCUGGAUCCUUGGUGGUUGCGGCGAGGCCGCCGGCGUUGUCCUGGGAGAUGUGUGGCACAGCAGCGACCUCCAAACGUGGUCUCAGGUGCAGCCAAGCGCACCUUGGGGACCUCGUGUGGGUGCAUCCGCUGUGACCCUGAGCUUUGGCGACAUUACCGGUGUCUUGCUGUUUGGUGGCUAUUCCUAUCCUGAUGACGAUUUUGGUCCCCUGUCUCAUGGCGUGCAUGUAGAGGAGGCGACCUGGUUUUCUAGCGAUGGGCAGCUGUGGCACUCGUUUGGCCCGGAAAUUCUCGCCUGGACGUCUGGUACAACACAGUCUGCAGCAGUUGCUGCACCUUGCAAUAUGUCUGGGCAGCCGAGUCGAGGAGAGCAGUGUGCCUACAUUGCUGCCGGUGCGAACCGCGAAGGCUACUAUGAAAACAGCGUGCGUCGGCUGCGGUUGGGCCUUCAGGAGGCCGGCAUCAUAGGCAACAUGAUUUUGCCAGCUUCAGGGGGUUUGCUACCAGUGAGUCUUCAUGGCAGGCUGAGCGGCUAUCCUGGCAAGUAG